GAUUCGCUAGAAGGAGAAUUCCAAAAUUCUGAGAUCCACCCAUGAAAAUAGCAACACAACACUCACUGAUCAGAAAGAAAAGACCUGCAACCCACCUUCUCAGAACAGAGAUGGAAAGACAUCAAGUCACCUACUCAGAGUUGAAUGUUCACAACCCGUCCCAGCAGCCGGAUGGGAGAACUCCAAAACACAAGGGUAAAUUUGCUUCCAGCAAGCAGCACGUGAUUUACACAGAACUGAAAAAUUCCAAGCCUUCUCAGCAGCAACAGCACAGAAAAUCGAAGAACAACCCAAACAGAGAUCCGGAGCAGCAGGUGACCUACGCAGAGGUGAAAAAGGUAAAGUCAUCUCAAAACCGAGGAUAUACGGAUGUCGAGAACACAGGUCUUGAGAGAGAGCAGCAAGCAACCUACACAGACCUUAAACUGCCUGGUCAUCCUCAGCUCCAGGACAGAUGUGAGGUUGGAUGGAGCAAAGACUCCCUGUCCCCUGCAUGGAGGCUCAUCGUCGGGACUCUGGGGAUCCUGUGUCUUGGGCUGGUGGCCACCGUGGUGACUAUGACUCUACAGGUUUUCCAGAUGCAUUACUUUCAAGGAGAUAACAGCAUGUCUGCAUCAAACUACAGUGUAACAUCCCUAAAAGAAUGUCACAAUGGUCCAUGUCUAGAGAACUGGAUAGCGUACAGGAACCGCUGCUACUUGUUCUCCAAGGAAUCGGCCUCUUGGGAAGGAAGCCGGAUUGCCUGUGCUGCUAAGAACUCCAGUCUCCUGCAGAUAGACAGCAGGGAAGAGCUGGAUUUCUUGAAGCUAUUAUCUCUCUAUCACUGGAUGGGACUCUCUCUUCCUGAAAAUGCUAAAUCCUGGCAGUGGACAGAUGGCUCACCGCUAUCCUCUGACCUGUUUAAGGUUACUCAGUCAAAUACCCGUUGGACCUGUGUACUUUAUGGUUCACAUUCAGGAAAUUCAGAAUUUGCGAAAAACUGCUCAGUGGAUGAGCGAUAUAUCUGUGAAUCUAGCAGCCGUUAG